GGGGCGGAAAUGCCUGUUGCUGGGGCGACCGGGCCUGCGGUGAGAUGUCGGAGAACACCUAUAGCAUCAGGCCGGCUUUUCAGCACAGGUUCAAGACAGCUGUUGUCAAAGGGAAGAUCAAUAAUGUGCUGAAGGAAGAGUUAUCAAACAAGGCUUAUAAUCCAGAGGAAGUUCCUUUCAUGACUAGGAAGAUUGCAGAGGCUAUAAAGACUCAAGUAAAAGAAUGCGCAUUCGAGCGUUACAAACUGGUGGUUCAGGUCGUUAUUGGAGAGCAGCGAGGUGAAGGAGUGAAAAUGGCUGCACGGUGCUUCUGGGAUGCUGACACAGAUAACUUUGCACAGGACGUAUAUAUGAAUGACAGCCUGUUCUGUGUUGCUGCUGCCUUUGGCUGCUACUACUAUUAGCAAACUUGAAGGAUCUGUCUGGAGCCAGCGUUUUUAAUAACAAUGUCUUUAUUUGAAUAAUUUAAAGUUCUGGAUGACAGAUUUUAUAACAGAGUGCUUCAUAAUGUAAUGGAUUGUGCUAAGAAUAAAUACAUGUAGUGGUUUUGUUAAA